AUGAGUCCCAGCAAUAUUAGCUGUCUCAUCAAGGAGGAUGGUGAUUGGACAACUAGCAGCGAAGAAACUCUAGAGCUUCUUGUACAGACGCACUUUCCGGGUUGCCUCCACAGUAGAGUCACAAAUACCCGAAUCAUAGGCAACCAUGAUGACAUUCCAGCGAAUAUCAUAACCGAGGAGAACAUAAAGCGUGCUAUUAGCAGCUUCCAACCGUUUAAAUCUCCGGGACCAGAUGGCAUUAUUCCCGCUGACCUACAGCAUACAGCAGGAAUGAUUGCACCCAUACUCGUACCAGUCUUUGAAGCAGUGUUACGAAUGAAUUAUAUAUCCCACAAAUGGGAGGAGCUACGCCAUUGGCACAAUCGCAGCAGCUUUCAAAAUCAAAAUGCAAUCGAAGAUUUUACCAAUUCCAGCGGCGCACAUUCAGAUCGUUACGGAGAGGAUUUCAGCUUGUUCAGCGCCUAUGCCAAUAAUAAAACUUUUACGAAUUCACUACAACGCGCAGUCGACAGAGAUGAGCACAACUACACCGAGCCAAAAUACUAUUUGGGCGAUCUCAUACCUGGCACUUAUUGCUCGCGCAUCUUCAGCGAUUGUGACAAGAAGGCGUGUCGCUUGCAAUCGCCCAACUAUCCGGGCAUUUAUCCGCGCAACCUCACCUGCUACUAUGCGGUGCGACAGCAUGAGGUACCGCAUGGCAAACACGCAAUGAUUUUGGUAAAGCAACCAAAAGGAAAUCUCAUCUGGAUCUCUACUCAAGAUACAGGCGCUGGCAGCAAAUUGUCGCCCAGUACCAGCGAAAAGGAUAAGAAAUUUGAGCCUCGUUUGAAAACAUGGAGUGAAUGCGAUAAUAUUCAG